ACCAAACCGCACACCCGGAGAGGGCAUGAUGGCCAAGAAGCCCCCGAAACCAGCCCCCCGGAGGGUCUUCCAAGAAAGAUUAAAGAUGACUGCUCUACCUCUGUACUUCGAAGGAUUUUUAUUAGUCAAGCGAUUGGAAUACCACGAGUAUAAGCAUUAUUGGACAGAACUGAGAGGAACUACACUUUUCUUUUAUACAGACAAAAAAAGUACAAUAUAUGUUGACAAAUUAGACAUACAAAACUUCAUAUGCCUUACUGAACAGAAUUCAGCUGAGAAGAAUUAUGCCAACUUCACUCUUGUUUUGCCCACAGAGGAGGUGCACCUGAAGACAGAGAACAUAGAAAGCAGGGAAGAGUGGAGAAGCUUCAUUCUUACAGUGAAAGAGUUGUCUGUGCCCCAACAUGGAACACUUCUACCUGGGCAAGUGAUUAGACUACAUGAAGUCCUGGAGAAGGAAAAGAAAAGAAGGACUGAGAUAGAUCAGAUAGAACAGCUACCAGUUACAUCUGUGGAGAAAGAGAAGAAACUAAUUGAAGAACAUGUGGAUGUAUUCAACCCUAUGCCAGCUUGUUUUUAUACAGUUUCCCGGAAAGAGGCAACUGAGAUGUUGGAGAAGAAUCCUUCCUUUGGAAAUAUGAUCCUGAGACCUGGUAGUGACAGUGGAAACUAUUCCAUCACGAUCCGACAGGAGAUAGACAUACCGAGAAUCAAGCACUACAAAGUAGUGAAAACAGGAGAAAACUACACAAUUGAACUAGAAAAACCUGUCACGCUCCCAAGCCUUUGCAGUGUCAUUGAUUAUUUUGUGAAGGAGACUCGAGGAAAUUUGCGACCAUUUAUUUAUUCUACUGAUGAUAACUUUGGCCAAGAACUCAACACUGAAGGGAGACAUGAGAAGUUGAAGAAAAAUCCGUAUGUUGCAUGAAAAAAAACCCCCAGAAAACUGCCUUCAUAUACUUUAGGAAUUUGUAUUUUCAAAAGGAGCAUCUCCCUUUUAAAGAGAAUUACUAAUUACUUUCCAUUCCCAAGUCACUCAUUUGUACUCAAGUUACUCACUUGUACCCUAAUAAAAAAUGUAGCAUCAUUUAUUUAUUGGAAUGAAACGAACUCACUGAGAAACCA